CUGAAACCGUCUUUUCCUUCCCUCGGCCGAGACUCUGGGCAGGCGGAGGGGAAUCCACAACACAAAGCCCCUUCCCAGUUUCCAUUUCCACACACGCUCAUCUUGCUCCACCACGCUUUGCUCCCUUUUCUCCUGCACUUCGUAAUCUCUCUCUCUCUCUCUCUCUCUCUCUCUCUCUCUCUCUAAAACCUCUUGGAGCCGCGCGCGCUGCCCGUCGCAGGCAAUGUCGGCGUUCAUACCCCCGGCGCCGCCGGCGCUCACGGUGCCGGUGGCGUACGGCGUCGGAGGCUCGCCCGUCGAGGGCGCCGCGGGGAGAGGGUCGUACGGCCCGGUGAUCGCCAUGCUGGCCGUCGUCGCCGUGCUGGCGGCGGCGGCGCUGGCCGUGGGCCGGCUCUUCUUCGGGCGCCGCGCGCUCGGCCAAUCCGGCGGCGGCGGCCGCGACCUGGAGGCCUGGGUGGAGCGCACGUGCGGCCCCUGCGUCGGCGCCGCCAUGCUCACCCAGGACAAGGAGGAUGUUCCCGGCAGCGUGGCCGCGGCCGCGGAGGCGGAGCCGCCGCCGGAGGGAACGGAGCGAGGAGAGAUCACCAGCGUCGCGUCCUGAUACGAGCCUUGUACUAAAUCGUUAAGCCGAGUUGGCGUCGAGAAUUUUUGGAAUGCUGCUAAUCUGUAGAAAUGCAUGUUCAAGUUCAUAUAGUAUGUGGCAUGCAAGACGGAGUGGAUUUGAUGUUUGAUUCGCGCGCUC